ACAGAUGAAGGGACAGGAGUCAGACCGCACCUUCCACUUGUGGCUGGGCUGUACACGACUUUCUACUGAGAACGUCCAUGGUAGUUGCCAAAGAAGACUCCGGAGAGCGCGAAUACAUCAUGUACACUUCUUAUAUCUACCCCCCGACGGACACAUCGUGCCAAACUGUGCCACUCAUUGGCCCGAACGUCUGCGGAUACAGUGUUAUCACAAGGCUGAUCGCAGAAUGUACUUCUCUUUCAUCAACUUCGCAAAUAUUUCGAAGAAAGCAGGUCAAUUUGUCUCAAAGGCUUGAGCUUCAGCUCGAUCGCCACCACGAUGCCUCACAAAUUGACCAACUGGCCUCAGAGGCUCACAGCCGCGAUAUCAAACUAAUCAUAGUAAUGCACGACAGAUAUUCGCUCGGUUGCUGGGGAACCAAUGCAUACGUUGCAAAGUACAGUCUUCCGACCACGAACUGUCAAGACGGUGUCCCCGACUCAACUGUCUUCUAUACGAACGCGGACGCAAUCCGCCAUGUAAAUGGUUCUUAUUUUAGGAUCUAUCCCCGAACUUCGGGGUGCCAUGUCAUCAGCUGUCUGAUGCCGUAUUCGCUUUCGAAAUUCACAACGAGGGUGUAUACGCCUCACUUAUCUCCGCUCCGAACUGGUGGUAGGUGCGAUCUAGCAAACACGAUCCGUAGUGUCCUCGGUUCGGCCGGUAUCCAGAUUUCUACUGGCGGCGGAACCGACUUGCCCACCUCCUUGCAAUCUCAGUUCUUCAGCUGUCCAAACCUUCAGAUCAUUGCACUGCAUGACUACAAUCUUGAUUCUUCCUACGUUGCUAGCCAUGUUGACACUGCCAAACCGCUUGCUUUGCAAUCCGGAAAACGUCUCCUCUAUGAAGAAUUCGGUGCUUUGGGUGGCAUUUCGAGUUCGAUCUAUAACCAAUACGCUAAUCUCCACCGGUAUUCCAUGGUUGUACUGGGAGGUGACGAAACCGGGAAAGGGGAAGUUGAAUUACGAGAUCUGGAUAGACGAACCGUCAUGGAACACACUCCAGUCGCAGUCCUCAGUUACUCAUCAGCAAGCCCCAAACUGUAUGCAUAUUGCUCCAUAAGAUUGUUCUACCAUCAGUCGCAAUCCCGAAUUGUCUCGAAAGAAAAUUCCUUCGGUUGAACUGCCACGGUAUGUGCACGAAGUGCAGCGCUUGCAUUGCCAUAGUCCCAAUUUUCGAUGUCUGUGUCUGUCUCAUCCUUCGGUAAGUUGCGAGCUCCUCUCGCGCUUCCAACUUUUUGCAGGGACAAAUGAAUAGUGUGAAGAUGU